CCCUUUGCUUCUUCUCAAAAUAAUCCAAAUCAAUAGAUCUCUGCUUUUGAUUUUAGGGUUUUAGCCUUUUAAAGUUGAAACCUUUUUCCUUAAAAUCCCGAAGAAAGAAUCACUCAAUUGAAUCUAUGGCGAUGGCUAUGAGACUUCCAGCGAUAUCAAGAGCGGUGACGGAAGUUGCUUCGUCUCCGGUUGGUUUGAGACAGCUCUUCUGUUCAAACGCUUCAAAGUUCUCUUUUUUAUCUCCACAAGCUGAAACCCAAACACCUGCUCGCCCUCAGGCUGAACCUAGCACCAACCUCUUCGUCUCCGGGCUUAGUAAGCGCACUACUUCUGAAGGGCUUAGGACAGCUUUUGCUCAGUUUGGAGAAGUUGCUGAUGCUAAGGUUGUCACAGACAGAGUAUCAGGAUAUUCCAAAGGGUUUGGAUUUGUUAGAUACACCACCUUAGAAGAUUCGGCAAAAGGCAUAGCUGGAAUGGAUGGGAAGUUUCUUGACGGUUGGGUCAUAUUCGCAGAGUAUGCAAGACCAAGAGAACAAAUGCCGUCAUAUCAACCUCAGAACAACAUGUCUCGUCCUCCAUAUUAUGGUAACCGUUAGAGAGACAGCUUUGUUCGAUUCUUAUGAAUCUUCAUAUUCAUAUUUAUCCUUCAUUCUAUCUUCUUCUGUGAUCAAACUGUUGUCUAAGUGGCUUGUUAUUACUCUGGAAGUUGAGAAACUCGAAAUUAAUAUUUAUGAGUAAUAACCAAAAACUGUCAUUUACAAGACAAUGUUAAGUGUAAUGGGCUCUUUAAAGAGGAUGAUACGAGUAGUUCGCUUAUACGGCUAAGACACAAAGAUUUAAAACGUUGUCGUUUUA